UCUUCAAACAAAAAUAUCCAUUCAGAAAACUUCCUUCAAUGGCCUCUGCAGUUGGGUUCUACUGCCUGCCAACAGCGAGAUUAACCAAGAAGUAUAGCAGACUGAAUAAAGUCAGUAACGGCUACAAUGUGAUUUUAGCUAGCUCUAUCCACAAACAAAUACAAAUUUGUUUGUCUCGAGGUCAAAUGACUAAAGACUGGAGGGUUCAGUGCAACAAAGAUGACAGCGUGUUUGAAUUGCAAGGACCAAACGAUUCCUCUGCUUCAAUGAAGUUGGUUGUUGAAUUCUACAACUUGAUUAAUCACAAGAACAAGAAUGGCGUUCUUGAGCUAAUAUCAGAUGAAUGUUGCUAUGAGGAUCUUGUGUUCUACUUGCCAUUUCAAGGGAAAAAGCAAAUAGGCCGGUUUCUGCAUGAGCUGAUGGAUGCAAUGGGGCCUCAUGUUAAGUUUGUAGUGGAAAACGUCACCAAUGGGAGGAAGAAUUCGGCUAGUGCCAUCUGGCAUUUAGAGUGGCGAGAUAUGAAGAUCCCUUUUGCAACUGGCUACAAUCAUUUUGAGUUUCAUGAAGUUGGAGAAAAACUUUUAAUUGGGAAAAUUAGAGGACUUGAAGAAUUACCGUUGAAGCCUGGAGACCUAGUACUAAAACUAUUGAAAACUUCCUCCACUCUCUUCGAUCGAUAUCCAUAUGCAGCCGAAGGUUUGCUUUCUAAUCCUCACGACAUGCACGACUUCAUAUCUAUCAUCCUUCAUAUGAGAGGUCACUCAGAUCCUUCCGAACAGGAAUAAGAAGUCUUGCCAAGCAUUUAGCACAUUUCCCAUUGUUUUCUUGUUCUUGAAAUCCCUCUUUAGAAACUUUCAAAAUAUUGAUGCCAAAUAUCAUGUAGAGCGCCGAAGAAUUUUCUUCAGACAAGGCUAGCUAUAUCUUCUGUUUGUACAUUUGCUCUAAACUCUGACAUGGUAAUGUAAUGCUCUAUUAUUCAUCA